CCGACCGCCCGUCACUCUCUGAAAAGCACCAGCCGCACCGGAGAUACCUUGAAAUAGAUGCGUUGGGAGAAACGAAUACAAGGGUGAUAGCAAUUAAACCAGAAUGAAUCAAAUGUGAAACCCUAAGACUAAUCGGGAGUACCUUUCCCAACAACCGUACACGUUCUUUAGGUAUCUUCACAUCUACUAUUUACGAAGUAAAAAAACAAAACAAAAAACAUGGAAAUAUUUACUUCAAGACGCAUCACUUUACUGGCACUUCUUCUGGUCUGUCAAUUAGCGGAAGUGGUUAAAGGCUACGGCUACAGGAACCAGCGCAAGUUCUCUGAAGACAUUGACUGGUCCUACGCAGGAACUCUCAACCAAAACAACUGGGCCAAGAAGUACCCAUCAUGCAACAACGCCAAGCAGUCUCCCAUCAACAUCGAGGAGGAUCUGGCGCAGGUCAAGCUGCAGUUCCAGAAGCUGAGCUUUGAAGGCUGGGAGCGGGAGACCACCGACAAGACCAUCAUCCAGAAUGACGGGAAGACCGUGGCGGUCAAUGUAGACGGGGAGUUUUACAUUAGCGGAGGGGGGCUGCGGUCUAGGUUCAAGGUGGGCCGGAUCACCUUCCACUGGGGCCGCUGCAACGCCUCGUCCGAGGGCUCCGAACACGGCCUCGGAGGAGUCAGGUACCCCCUGGAGAUGCAGAUCUACUGUUACGAAGCGCUUCGCUUUGAGUCCAUCGACCAGGCCAUCAAGGAGGGCGGGAAGCUCACUGCUCUCGCCGUGCUGUUUGAGACCAGCAUAGAGGACAAUGAGAACUACAUGGCCAUCAUAGAUGGAGUCAACACUGUUAGCCGAUACGGUAAGAGUGGCCCAGUGGACCCCUUCGUCCUCCAGGGCCUGCUGCCAAACUCCACGGCCAAGUACUUCACCUACAAUGGCUCUCUCACCACCCCGCCGUGCACUGAGACUGUGGAGUGGAUCGUCUUCAAGAACACUGUGGCCAUCUCUGACGCACAGCUGGAGAUGUUCUGUGAGGUGAUGACCAUGCAGCAGGCGGGCUACGUGAUGCUGAUGGACUACCUGCAGAACAACUACCGGGAGCAGCAGCAGGACUUCAUGGGGCAGGUGUUCUCCUCCUACACCGGCACAGAGGAGGUCCUCACACCCAUCUGCAGCUCCGAGCCGGAGAACGUGGAGGCGGUUCCACACAACUACACCAGCCUGCUGGUGAUGUGGGAGCGGCCACGGGCUGUGUACGACGCCGGGAUCGAGAAGUACUCGGUCACCUACCGGCUGGCACCUGGGGAGGACACACCCGCCUUCCAGUACCUGACGGAUGGGGACCAGGAUGUGGGGGCGAUCCUCCAGGACCUGCUGGCCAACACCAGCUAUGUGGUCCAGGUGGUGGCGGUAUGCACCAACGGUCUGUACGGCCGUGUGAGUGACCAGCUGACGGUCGACAUGCCCAUCGACGACCCCGAGGCUUACCCAAACCUAGAAUCAACAGAAUUUUCAGAGGAGGACGACAGUUGGUCAAACCCUUCUUUGGCCGAACCAGGAAGUACCCAAGACAAUGACAUGGACUCAACCUCCACCACCCCCACGACGACGCGUCCGACUACACGUCCACCAAACCGCAUCUUCCCUGGUUUCACCACCACCACAGAAUCUUCCCUCAAGAAAACCACAGAAUCUGCCUUCAAGCCCCUACAGCCCGAUCAAGCCCGGACCUCCACGGAACCAAGUGUAAAGCAACGGACGACCUCCACAGAGCCAAGCAGGGGCACCACCCCGUCUGGCCCCGGCAGUAGAGGCCGGGUCAGCACCCGUCCUCCCUCCAGCAGAGGGGGCUUCAGCAGCACUACUCCCGCGCACAGAACAACCACUACGACAGAGCCGUCUCGCGUCGUUUUCACCCUGACGUCCCCUUCUGGGGUGGAGAAGGUCAGAGCUGCGGCCCGACCCGUUACCACCGCUGGAGACGCGAGCAGCGAGGUCACAGAUCCAACACCUCUCGUGGAAAGCCUGCCGGCAGCCACCUCCACCUCCUCUUUCUCUCAGGGAGUCUCGCUGAGGCCUACAAGUCCCAGCAUGCCCUUUGUUUCACCCACCACCACCGCCUCGCCCUUUGGCGGCAUUCUCUCGCAGACCACUCAGCCGGUGUUCAACGCCACGGCAUCUGGGUCCGAGGACGUCAGAUUCUCCACGUCUGACACGUCCCAGGGCCCCCGAACCCUCACCCCCUCCAGGCCCACGGCCUCCCCCCCUACCUCCACCCUCACUCCCAACCUCACCCUCGACGGCCCGAGUACAGAUGGCGCUAGCGCCUCUGGCUCGGCCUUGUUCGGCGAGUCUCAGGAGAGCCUACUAGAUCAGGAGUGGGACAGAGUUCAAAGUUCAGCGUCUGGCGACGGCGCGCUCCCGUACUCGACCGGGGUCGCGGCCUCCGUCACCUCCCCCUCGCUCACCACGGAGAAGUCCCCGGUCACCCCCGACGACGGCGACGAGCGCUCCUCCGCGUUCUAUUUCGACGCCGAAAGCGGCAGCGCCGUCGCCACAGAUAGGGGCGGCACCGGGGUGAACGUUUCCAUGGUAACCUCGGCCACGCCAUGGUCGCUGGGUGGGGAGGAGGAGAGCGGCUCGGGACAGGGCGAGAGCCCGUACGACAACGAGACGUCUUCCGACUUCAGUAUUCCCGAGCGCACAGAGAGAGACUCUGAGGAGGAUCCUGUCGAAGAGGCCAGUAACAGCAGCCACGAGUCCAGGGUGGGCUCGGCCCAGGAGAAGGAGCAGAAGGCCGUGGUGCCCCUGGCUGUGGUGUCCACCUUCACCUUCCUGGGCCUGGUCAUCCUGGUGGGGAUCCUGAUCUACUGGAGGAAAUGCUUCCAGACAGCCCAUUUCUACAUUGAAGAUAACACAUCACCUAAAGUGAUACCUGUGCCUCCCAUGCUUACACCAGCAGAUGAGCAUGACGCGCUCCCAGUGAAGCAGUUUGUCAAGCACGUCGCCGAACUUCAUGACACCAAUGCAUUCUCCCGAGAGUUUGAGAUAUUGAAAGAGUGUUACGAGGAGGUGCAGGCAUGUAUGGUAGACCUGAGCAUCACCACAGACAGCUCCAACCAUCCAGACAACAAGAACAAGAAUCGAUACAUCAACAUCCUGGCAUAUGACCACAGCCGUGUACGACUUUCACCCCAGACUGACAAAGACGGGAAGACUGGAGAUUAUAUUAAUGCCAACUAUGUGAAUGGCUUUAACAAGUCCAGGGCCUAUAUCGCAGCCCAGGGGCCUCUGAAGUCCAGCACUGAGGACUUCUGGAGGAUGGUGUGGGAGCAGAACGUUGGGGUCAUCGUCAUGAUCACCAACCUGGUGGAGAAGGGCAGGAGGAAGUGUGACCAGUACUGGCCGCUGGAGAGCCAGGAGGAGUACGGCAGUUUCCUGGUUACUCUGCGGAGCACCAAGGUCCUGGCCUACUACACCCAGAGGACCUUCACCCUCAGGAACACCUGUGUCAAAAAGGGAUCUCAGAAGGGGCGGACCAAUGAACGAACAGUGACCCAGUAUCACUACACCCAGUGGCCGGACAUGGGGGUGCCAGGGUACGCCCUCCCUGUUCUCACGUUCGUCCACAAGUCCUCUGAGACCCAGACGGCCGACAUGGGGCCUGUUGUCGUGCACUGCAGUGCCGGUGUUGGCAGAACGGGCACUUACAUUGUGUUGGACAGCAUGCUGAAGCAGAUCAAAGAAGAAAACAGUGUGAACAUCAUGGGCUUCCUCAAACACAUCCGCACUCAAAGAAACUACCUGGUCCAGACAGAGGAACAAUACAUCUUCAUUCACGAUGCCCUAGUGGAAGCCAUUUUGGGCAAGGAGACAGAGGUAGCAUCCAGCCACAUCCACAGCUACGUCAACGACCUCCUGAUCCCUGGGCCCUCUGGCAGGACCCACCUGGAGAAGCAGUUUAAGUUGAUAUCGCAGACCAAUGCCAAGCAAUGUGACAACUCUGCGGCCCUGAAAGAGUGCAACAGAGACAAGAACAGAGACUGCUCUUUGGUACCUGUUGAAAGGUCGCGAGUGUGCUUGUCUACUGUGGCUGGCGAAACGUCAGACUACAUCAAUGCCUCAUACAUUACCGGGUAUCGGCACAAAACUGAAUUCAUUGUGACCCAGAAUCCACUGCCUAGCACUACCAAGGACUUCUGGAGGAUGGUCUGGGAACACAACGCUCAGGUCAUCGUGUCUCUGCCAGGAACACAGGCCACACCAGGACCCCCCAGCCCAACCGACAUCGAGGAGCCUACUGCCUACUGGCCCCUCAAGGACCAGCCAGUCAGCUGUGGCACGUUCUCCGUGAGCCUCAGGAGUGAAAACCACCUGUGCCUGGCCAAUGAGGAGAUGCUGGUGGUUCAGGACUAUGUCCUUGAGGCUAUGCAGGAUGACUAUGUUCUGGAGGUGAGGCACUACCGAGUGCCACGCUGGCCCAACCCAGACAGUCCCAUCAGCAGCACCUUUGAGCUCCUCACCCUGAUCCGGAAGGAGACCGUCUCCAUGGAGGGCCCCAUGGUGGUCCACGACGAUGUUGGGGGCGUUCCAGCAGGAACCUUCUGUGCCCUGUUGACUCUGUCCCAUCAACUGGAGGCAGAGAGCUCUGUGGAUGUGUUCCAAGUGGCUAAAAUGACCAACUUAAUGAGACCUGGAAUCUUCAGUGACAUUGACCAGUACCAGUUUUUGUACAAAGCUAUUCUGAGUUUGGUGAGUACGCAGGAAGACACGAGAAUGCUUCAGUCAUCUGAUAACGGUACCAGCCUGGCCAGUCCUACUAGUGCUGCAGAGAGCCUGGAAUCGCUGGUUUAACCACAGUAAGAACUCCUAAUGCCGUUCAUAAAUGGACUGUCUCCGGUUUCAGUUUCAAACAGAACUGUGUUUGCCCCCCAACCCCUUUCUCCCGUACGAUCCUGUAAUGCGUGCCUUUGUAUAUUAAUCUUGUACUUUUUAACGAUUUUGAUACAAAUUGUAAACUAACCUUCCAGUUUUUUUGUCUUAAACUGCCCCCUUCUGAUAGCCUGGGAAGCAUAUGUUAAUUUGCUCUGGCAGAUCGACCUGUCCACCCAGCCUUAAUAGUCCCGGGACAUUUGCAACCAUUAACUUAAUAUGGGGUAGGUUUGAUAUGAUGACUGUACAGAGGAGCACCGCUGAGGCAUUUUUGUAAACAACCAAGAUUGUUUUGUUGCUCUCAUUGGUUGUAUCUAGAUACAUCAAGGCAUUUAGGUCUGCGUUUGUUGAUAACGCCCCUUGGAAAUAAAAAAUUAAGGUUUCAGACUAAUAUGCAUUUGCAAAUUGAUCUGGCCAGGCUAACCACCUGAUGUUUUCUUGACGAAAUCUUUUGCAUAUUUAUUGGCAGGUAGCUUAAGAGGGAAAAUUCUACUUGUGUUAAAAUACAUUUUGUGAGGGGCCAAGCCACUCAUCUUCCAGUUGUACAUUGUAAGUACUAUUUCCUUUUGUAGCAGUGGUGUGCUUUCAAUUUGAAAAUCAUAAAGGGCAUGUAAUAGAAAUUGAAUGUAAAUAGUAUAACCAAGUAAAUGGACCAAAUUUCUAUUUAUACUUCUAGAUUUAUAUUUUGCUACAGUUUUCUAGUCAAUGAAUGACUGUUCUAAUAUAGUUAAAGUACAUUUUUUAUGUUUUCACAUUAGUGUUCUGUAUUUUGUAACAUUAAGAUGCAUGGGGUACUGAUACUUAGCGGUUCAUAAACAUUGCUGGAUAAUUAGAUAAAAGGAUUAAACAAACAGACUGGUCUAUCAAUUUUUGGGGGAAAGUCUAAUAUGAUCAUUGUGAUCAGAUUGUACUGAGGGGGUUUAUUCUACUGAGCAAAUUCAUGUAUUCUUGAAUGUUUUGUAUUGUCAUGUUUCAAAAAAUCGAAACUUGAUUAUUUAAGGAUACUAGUGAUCUUAAAGAAUGUAUACACCAAACAGGAUUUUAAACAAUGACCAAAGAAUUGUGUAAAUCUGGUUGUUUACAAUGUACUUUGCAGAAAUAAGUAAAAAUGUUGAGUUUUGUAUUCACCUGUUGGUAUUUCAAAGACUGCACAAGACUUUCCAUUUGAAUGUUCUGCAAACUACCAGUUGCCAAAUGCCUAAAGUGUAAGUAAAAAGAAAAAUCUAUAACUGCCAAGAGGCACCUCUGACAGCCCGUCUCCCUCCCCCAUCACUCGAUGGAGGAUUAAAGAUUUCCGAGGGAAGUAUCCCAAUAAGUGUUAUGAUCAUAGGUACAAAGAAAGAGAAAAAUAAGCAAGGCAUCAGGAAAAGAUAAUCAUGUAGUCCCAGAAACAGCUAUGCGACUCAUGGCAUUAUGUUAUAAUCCCUAAAGAGAAUUGGUUAUUCCAAUUGAUUCUAAUCUGGUCUAAGACUCCCCAAGAAAUGCGUCUUCUCCGGGGAAAAUAGGUCAAGUGUCCAGACACCACCUUGACCAGCCACUGUAUCCAUACUUACAUUUGCAUUUUUGACUUUUAAUUACAUGCCCAAUUAUCCCCUGCUUGGUGGCCUAGUUUGCAUGAAUGGGCCCUAAUUGAGUGGAAGCAGAAAGCUGACAGUUUGUUUCUGAGUGACAGAGGGGAAAAAAGUGUACUUUAACGAAACAUUUGUUUGUAUUGUGUAUUUUAUUUUAGUAGAAUCUUCAUAGUGUAUUUGAACACCACCCCUAUAAGUAGAAACCUAAUUGGUUAUGUACUGUAAUAUUAAACCAAUUCAAAACUACCAAAUGGUUUGGAAGAUGCAUUUUUAUGUAUCUGAAUUUAUUUCUCUGCGAGAAAGAAACAACAGGGAUCAUGAAAGUUUGUAGGACAAUUUUUGAUUUCAGUUUAUAAGAAAUACAAAAAAGCUCAACAAAAGCUCAGUCCUUAAAAGAAAAAAAAGCCAUACUACAAUUUGGUCUGUUAAAACAAAUUAUAUGUAUUUUCAAAGUAGUCUUCCACUAUUUUUACAUAUACUGUAAGCACCCAGAUCACAAUUU